CUGGAACCUGCGAGGUACGCCUGCGCACUGCAACCGCGCACGUGUUCCAGCCGGAAGCGCCGGCUGCGGCUGGAGAUUCUGGAGGAUGACCACCGAAAUGGAGUCGCAGAUCGCCGGGGCCGAGGACGGUUUCACCCAGGUCACUCGCAAAGGUGGCCGGCGAGCGAAGAAGCGGCAGGCUGAAGAGCUGUCUGCGGCCGGGGAAGGCGGGGACGCGAGUCGCAUGGACACGGAGGAGGCCCGGCCGGCCAAGAGGCCCGUCUUUCCGCCCCUCUCCGGGGACGGGAUCUUGAACGGAAAAGAAGAAACAAGGAAAAUUCCAGUCCCAGCUAACAGAUACACACCAUUAAAAGAGAACUGGUUGAAGAUAUUUACGCCUAUUGUAGAGCAUUUGGGACUUCAGAUACGCUUUAACUUGAAAUCGAGGAAUGUAGAAAUCAGGACUUGUAAAGAAACCAAGGACGUUAGCGCUCUGACAAAAGCAGCUGAUUUUGUGAAAGCCUUUAUUCUUGGGUUCCAGGUGGAGGAUGCACUUGCUCUAAUUAGGUUGGAUGACCUCUUCUUAGAGUCUUUUGAAAUUACAGAUGUGAAGCCCCUAAAGGGAGACCACCUGUCAAGGGCAAUAGGAAGAAUCGCUGGCAAAGGGGGGAAAACCAAGUUCACCAUAGAGAAUGUGACACGGACACGGAUCGUUUUAGCUGAUGUGAAAGUUCACAUCCUUGGCUCUUUCCAAAACAUCAAGAUGGCAAGAACUGCCAUUUGCAACCUCAUCCUGGGAAAUCCUCCAUCAAAGGUUUAUGGCAAUAUUCGAGCUGUAGCUAGCAGAGCAGCAGAUCGAUUUUGAUUUCAAAUCAGAGACUUUUGUCUUUGGACUCUAGAGAAAAAGACCUUACCCUUCACAAGUGGUCACAAGAAGCCAUGUGAAGGAUUUUUCAGUCACUUCAAGUCUCCUUCCCUUCUUCAGUCUCAGCCGGAAGAAUAAACAGAAAGGAAAAGUCUGACGGUGUUCAUUCAACAACUUAGAGUGUAACUUAAGUAUCAAACUUGAGUACCAAGAUUACACUUAAACAUUAAUUACAACAUUUUUUUUUAUUUUAAAUUAAGUAUAGCAGAUUUGCAUAGUUUCUAAUUCUCUCAUUUGGAGGGGAAAUUAUUUCUUUUCUAUAUGAAUUUAUAAGUUUUUUACUUAUAAAUUUAUGAAGAUUUCUUCUCCGAGUUGUAAUUAAAGAAUUAUCUCAGAAAACCUCUCUGAAUCAUGACCCUAAGUACUGGGUGGUUUGUCACUAUUUUACAGUCAGGUCAUUCAUAAGCAGCAGUUUGGCUACAAUGAGUGAACCAAAAAGGCUAAUCUUUUACCUGUUUUGCAACUUGUAAAAAUAAAAGAGCUAUUAUCACCAGGUUGACAUGAGGAAAAUGUUACUUUUUUAUAUAAGUAUGUAUGUUGGGUUUCUUCUAAGUAGUAAGCUAUGAUAAAAGAAUGUCUUUACUCCUAAGAAAAUAUGUUCUUCAAAUGUAAAAGAAUGUUUUGACUAGUGUCUGCCUAUUUAAAUAUUAUCUGAUUCAGUUUAUGCAUUUUUUAAAUGAAAGAACUUAUUUCAUUAAACUUGUCUGAUACA